AUGUCGACCAUUCCGCGUACGCUGCGCAACAUCCGCAAAGUUGGAAUCAAGGACUACUUGGUUCAGAUGUGGUACAUCGGUGACACCAAGGCCGGCACAUACAUGGGCAAGGACCGCGCGGGCAACAAGUACUUUGAGAACGGCGAGGAGCUGCCGCUCCGCACGCGCUGGGUCGAGUACGCCAAGCACGACUUCGACGCCGCCCACAUCGAGCCCGGCUGGCACGCGUGGAUGAGCUACGCCGUCGACACCAUCCCGGGCGAGGACCACCUGCUCACCGCCGGCACCCGCAAGUUCGAGCCCGCCCUGCCCAAGCCCAACUACACGCAGACCCGCGGCGCGUUCAAGACCUACAACACGACGAAGAGCAAGCUGACCGCUUGGGAGCCCGUCGCCGCGCCGAGGUCAUAG